CAGUAAUUAACGUGCUAUCAUCCUAUCGAAAUAUUACUCGACGCCUGUUUAGUCUGUUUCAUGCCUAGUUACGUCCUGUCUCAUACCGCAAGACACGAACAACUAUGGUCGAGGCCAAGCACCAGCCUCAGUAUGAGCUACUCUACCAUCCAUCAAUUCCUGGGAGAGCUGAAUUCAUUCGCCUGAUGUUCGAGGCAACAGGUACUAGCUAUACCGACGUUGCCAACGAGAAUCCGCCCGACGACUCUGGACUCCAUGGGUAUGCACUGGUGCAAGACAUGUCGGAUCCUAACAGCACUGGUGAUGAUGACGGCAAUCCUCCCGUCUUUGCACCGCCUGGCUUGCGUAUACAUGGUGUUGGCAAAGGUGGGAGACCGCUUGUCAUUCAUCAAACGCCCAACAUCCUGUUGUACCUUGGUGGCUCUCUCAAGCUUGCUGGCUCGGACGAACCGGAGAAGUAUUAUGUCAAUCAGCUUGCUUUGACUGCACUGGAUCUCAACAACGAGACACAUGACACACAUCACCCUGUGGCUGUGGCGAAGUACUACGAAGAACAAAAGGAAGAGGCACUUAAGAAAGCAACUGAUUUCCGCGAGAAUCGUCUUCCCAAGUUUUUCAGCUACUUUGAGCGUGUGCUCAAACAUAACCAGUCAGCAGGCAAAGACAAACAUCUCGUUGGCGAGUCGUUGACGUAUGCCGACCUUACUUUGUGGCAAGUCAUCGAUGGUCUCAAGUUUGCUUUCCCAAAUGAGAUGAGACAUAGAAGCUCAGAGUCACCUCUGCUGUUCGACACCUUUUACCCAAGUCUCAAAGAAGAAGCUUGGCUGAAGAAGUAUCUAGACAGUAAGAGAAGGAAGCCCUACUCGAUGGGUGUUUUCCGACACUACCCUGAGCUUGACCGACAGUGAACAAGUGCGGUGUCUAAGAAGUGACGGAGGGACAUGCUGAGAACAACAAGACAAGCGGAUGUGAUGAAGUAGCUGAGGUAUGUAAAGUAUCUAUUGGCCGUCUCUCACCCUUCAAAGUGACGUCGGUG